CUUCCCCGCCUCCGUUAACGACAACGAGUGAGUCAUCGGCGUGUCUGUGCAGUGUGCACGGUGCACAUGGCCGCAGUGUUCGUCAGACCCCCCACCGCAUCGCAUCUUGCCGAACCACACCUCAGACACCAGCUUCCAGAGACCACAAGCCGCCUUAACCGCGUGGAGCACCAUGCCGGAGUACAAGUUGAUCUACUUCAACGCCAGAGGUCGCGCUGAGCUGGCCCGCUGGAUCUUUGCUUACGGUGGGAUCCCUUACACUGACGAACGCAUCGAGAAGGCUGACUGGCCUGAUAAAAAGAAAAGUAUCCCCGGGGGUAAGCUGCCAGUGUUGAUGGUGGAUGACAAGCCGCUGCCGCAGUCACUGGCCAUCGCCCGCUACCUGGCCAAGCAAGCUGGGCUGGUGCCCACCGAUGAUCUGGAAGCUGCAUAUUGCGAUGCACUGGCAGACACACUCUCCGAUGUCACGGGAGAAGGAUAUAAAAUUAUGUUCUCGUCUCAGAGUGAGGAAGAGAAGAAGAAAAUUUACCGGGAAGAGUUCUUUCCCAAUGUGAUGGCUCCUGUACUGGAGCGACUCAACAAGCGUCUGCAGGACAGAGAGUGGUUCAUUGAUGACAAGAUUACCUGGGCUGAUCUGAUGAUCUCACUAGUGUUCGGAGAGGUACGAAAGAGGAAGGCAGAGCUACUGGAUGCCUACCCUGCAGUGAUAACUCUCGUUCAAAAGGUGAGGGAUAAUGCGGCCAUCAAGCAGCAUCAAGAGACAGCCCCUGAUACACCCUUCUAAACAGUUUCAAAGGAGCGUACUGUCGACACUAGUGAAGGAAAGACCCACUUUGUAGAACACUAUUCCAUCGAGAUGACGUUUUGUUUGUGAAGAGCUUCAGUAAGGCACGAGAACCCUGUUCAGAGCAAUGCGUUACCAUGACUUAAUAAAACUUUAUGCAUAGUGAAAUGUUGCCAAGCGAAACCUUCUUUAAAAUGUAUUUUCUUCCCUUAUUAACGUAUAAUUUCUUUCCUCCACCAGCUUUCUAAUAUAUUCCUCUGUUAGGUGCUAUCAAAAGUAUCUUGGAAUAUGAUGAUAAGUUUUCACUGGCAUGGGCCAGUAGGCCUGCUACAGUGCUCCUUCUUAUGUUCUCAAACGAUCACAGUCUCUACCCAUGCUGGUCAAUUUAUGAUCAAGAUUCGGGAGGGAGUUUCCAAUUUCUCCUGACGAGCAAGGUUCCCUCCGGCUGUAGCAGCUGCUUCCUUACCUUCACAUGUGUUUGUGAAUUUUAAAGGUUUUGCGAGGGAUCAAUACAAUAUAUUUACUUCUAAGUAUUCAUUAAAAGAGUAAAUACUUGGUUGACCUUAUUAAUUCUACUAGUUUAUAAUAGCUUUUAUAAAAGGGAAAAAACUGCUGAUCCUCCCAAAAAUAAGUAAAACUUGGUGUAUGAUUAUUCCAUAUAAUCAGAGAAUUUACUCAGUAUUAAAUAUAUAUCCUACAAAAAUCAUAUCAAA